UAUAUAUAUGAAUGUAUGUAUAUAUUAAAUAUGUACACACAGUGAAACGUACAUGCACGCUAUUUCAUCGACAAUAUCAGCACCAUUACCACCACCACCACCACCACCGCCGCCCCCAUCAUCAUUACAACCAUCCACUUUACCAUCAUCACCAUCAUCAUCAUCUCCACAACCACAACCACAGCCACCAACAGCAUCAGCAUCCUCAUCAUCAGCAUCACCGUCAUCAUCAUCAUCACCAUCGUCACCAACUCCACACCUACAACCACAGCCAUCAACAGCAUCGUCAUCAUCAUCAUCGUCGUAUUUAUCAUCAUCAUCAUCAUCAACAUCAACAUCACCACCAUCACCACCACCACCAUCAACCUCAUCUCUAUCAUCAGCAUCAACAUCAUCAUUAACCGCAGCAACAACAUCACUAAGAAAGCACCAACAGCAGCAGCGGUAGAGGCCAGGCUAGAUUAGUGCCAGCAUAGAACGGUACUCGCAUGUGUUGCAGCGGCGCUGGCACGAAAAACUGCUGCAGUUCUUGUUGUUGUUGUUGCUGCUGCUGCUGCUGCUGUUGUUGUUGUUAUUGUUAGUAAAAGAUGGCUUGGCAGACAAUCUGUCCUCUUUAUGUGGACAUCUUCUUACUGGUGGCAGUGGCUAACAUCACUGGAUUAUGGGCCACAACGGCGGCCUCACGGAACAUCAAGAUAGGUGGUAUAUUCGACACCGAUACACUGACCACAGCUAUUCGCUAUGCCAUGCGAACCAACGUGAAAGCCAAUCAUAUGAUAAUUCAAGAAACUGUUGAUAUAAUCGAUACUUCUGAUGCCUAUAACCUUAGCAGUGCCAUUUGCUCUCAGUCGGCUAUGGGUAUUUUCGCACUUUUUAUACUAAACAACCCAAUUUCCCAUCAUGUUGUUCAAGCAUAUAGUAAUGCUUUGCAUCUACCCGUAUUCGUUCUGAAUGUAGCUACAAGACAUCAACUGCCAAGUUAUCCAUUUGAGAUACAUAUGAGCCCGUCCUAUAUGCCAGCCAUCACAGAGCUGAUCAACUUCUAUCGGUGGAGGCGAAUUUUCUACAUUUUCGAUUCAGAUGAUGGUUUAAUUCAUCUUCAACAUAUCUACGACUCUUUCAAUAAUUCGUCAGACCCACUUGAGGUUGUGGUACGUCGAGUUGAUGACAUAGAAAACACACAUAAAAUGUUACGACAGCUCGACCAACUAGAGGGAGCCACUCGUAAUAUAGUCGUCGUGAUGUCAUCAACGUCAGCUUACCGGCGCCUUCUUCACAAGAUUAUGGAUGUCGGAAUGAACAAAGACCAUUACCAUUAUAUUCUCGGUGGGUUGAGCAUUGCAGAACUUGAUUUGAGAAACUUCACCUACGGAGGAGUGACCAUUACUGGAUUCCAAAUUGUAAAUCGAAAUAGUCCAUCAAUAAAACAGUUACAACACAAUUGGAAUCAGUUAAAUACAGACCUUUGGUCUGGCGCAGGACAAAAACUGUCAUAUGAUGAAGUAGCGAUAUUCGACAGCAUUAGUACUCUUUUAAGCGCUUUGGAGAUAAUGUACCGCGACGAUUCGAACGUAUUUUCAGGCGCUAGUGGAAGGGGUAGGCUGUGGAAUAAUACCAAUAGUGUCCACUGCACACCCUACCCUUUGGUGUCGUGGGUGCUGGGGGACAAAAUUGUGAAAGCCAUCAAACAGGUGAAUUUCACUGGACUCACUGGCACGGUAUCCUUUGACGACAACCUUCAACGAAAGAAUGUUAAGCUAGACGUGUUGCAGUUAAGUUAUGGAAAACCGUUACAAAAUAUAGGAGAAUGGACAGAUGAAACAGGGCUCGACAUUAGAUUGGAACGUCCCCCAGAUAUGGACAAAACAAUAAUUGAAAUAAACAACACAAAGAUAAUGUCUACGAUUAAAGUGCCUCCAUUCUUGAUGUAUAAAGUCCGACACGAAGCCGGUGAGCCGUUAGUCGGAAACGCUCGUUUCGAAGGCUACGUCGUAGAUCUAGCAGCCAAAAUAGCAGAUCAGUUCCCCAUGGAUUACAUCAUCAAAAUUGUAGAAGACGGUCACUAUGGAGCCCUUACCGUCAAUGGUACUUGGAACGGUAUGAUGGGAGAACUCACGCGACACGAAGUAGAUUUAGUAAUAGCCCCCUUAACUAUCACAUGCAUGCGGGAAAGAGCAGCAGACUUUUCAAAACCCUUUAUGAAAACCGGUAUAAGCAUUAUGAUAAAAAAACCCGAUAAGCAGAAACCCAGUGUCUUCUCGUUCAUGGACCCGUUAUCUCAACAGGUUUGGAUUUGCAUAACCAUUGGUUAUGUAGCUGUAAGUUUGGUGCUGUUCUUUGUGGGACGUUUCAGUCCCUAUGAAUGGCAUUCAGAAGAUACAAGUCGAGGACCAAAAACAAUGAACACAUUCAAUCUAUCCAACACAUUUUGGUUCUCACUUGGCGCACUAAUGCAGCAAGGCUCCGAGAUAUCACCGCGGUCCAUAUCCGGGCGGAUAGUCGGUACUGGAUGGUGGUUUUUUACAUUGAUCAUUAUUUCAUCUUACACCGCUAAUUUAGCGGCUUUCCUCACCAUUGAGCGACUUCUUCCUCCAAUUAAUUCUGCCAAAGAUUUGGUCGAACAGAAAAAAAUUCAGUAUGGGACAAUCAAAUCUGGCUCAACAGAAGAAUUUUUCCAGAGAUCACAAGUGUCUAUCUAUCGAAGAAUUUGGGAUGUGAUGUCACAGGACACAACCGUAUUUGUCUCCAAUACUAGCAAAGCCGUUGAACGAGUUCGGAAUUCGAAAGGAACAUAUGCAUUUUUUCUGGAAUCUGUUAUGAAUGAUUACUUUAACCAGAGAAAACCAUGCAAUACUAUGAAAGUUGGUGAGAAUCUCGAUUCAAAAGGUUACGGCGUAGCAACACCGAUGAAUUCACCUCUUCGGAUGCCAAUAAAUCUAGCUGUUCUCGUUUUACGUGAAAAGGGAGAACUACACAAACUGGAAAAGAAAUGGUGGUAUGACAAAGGACAAUGCGGUCAGCCAGAUAAAGAAUCUUCAAAGACCAGUGCACUUCGAUUGAGUAAUGUGUCCGGAAUAUUUCAUAUCCUCAUAGCGGGCCUGGUAGCCGCUAUGCUCGUUGCUCUCUUGGAAUACUUAUUUCAUUCAAAAAUGAGGUCAAGAAAAAACAAGCAAAUGGCGAAGAAAGCUAAAAAUGUAAAGCGUGCUCGCAGAGCGUCAAUGCGAUAUACCGGGGGAUAUGCAGAACCUGAAAAUGGAGGUUACACGUACACAGCACCUAACCAGAUGAUAACUUUUGAUGGGUACACAGACGGUUACCAGACGGAGAUCUAGGGAUCCAAUGAUGAGGAUGAAGCAGCACCCACGACAACAGAAAACAAGGCUUUUUAUUCGCCCGAAAUGCCUUACUGGAGUUCAGCAAUAUAGCUGGAAGUAAAAGUAAUUGUUACAAAGUUUUGAUAUAAUGCGGUACACUGUUCUCCUACUGUGAUGUAAUGAACAUAUAUUUGAUUAGGUUGAGCAUGUUGGCAUGUUACAAAUAUGAUGGCGUUGCUUAGAAUAGCAAUAACGAGAAUGAUAAAAGACUGAUGUCUGGUAAGAACGUUAAUAAGAUUUAUGGCGAGCAAAUUAAUAAUAAUAAUAACAAUAACAAUAAUAAUAAUAAUAAUAAUAAUAAUAAUAAUAAUAAUAACAAUAAUAAUAAUAAUAAUAAUGAUAAUAACGCUAAGAAUGAGAAUGAUAGUGAUAAUAAUAUAAUUUUAAUAAUGAUAAUUACGCUAAUGACAAUAACACCCCACGAGUGUUCAUUAAAAGUUUGAAAUCGAUUUAAUUAUACCAAAUCUUCAAAUGUUUUUAUACGGGAUUUUCAUCAGUAUAAAAUAAAUUUUAAAAAUUAACUAUAAGCUAUAAAUUAUAAUUAAGAAUUAUUAGAUAUAAUUGGAUUAAUUAAGAACGUUUUGACUUAGAAGCCUUAUUAUGAUUCUAAUAUCAGUUCCAAGCCUUUCUUAAGAUUGUAAGAAGAAUUCAAUAGAUAUAGUGUGUUGAACGAGUGAUGGGUGAAUGUGAGAGAAGGAAACUUUGAAAAGGAAUUCCAAUUUGGUUGUGUAUAUUUUGUGGUUGAAAUCAACACUAGAGUCUACUAUUGAUUUGAUUUUAUAGUUUUAUUUUUAAAUUAUUUUAUAAAUCUUAUUGUUUUCUCCAGAGUAAUCAACAAAUUUUUUAUAUUUUUUCAUAUUUUAUUAAAAGAGCAGAUGAAUCAAUCUGAAUCUUGUAACAAACAACCAGAAUCAAAAUCUUUAUCAAAGAUAUGAAGUGGUUGUUGAUUAGUUUGUCAUAUUAGGGUGAAGUCUUCUUCAUCUGUUGCAAUCUGUAAGUUCCGGCUGACAGCUGCCCUGUGAGACAAUCGUAUUGAACACCGGAUUGAAAUGAGGAUAAAAAUAGAAAGGAAACCAUUUAUAAACGCCAAUGAAAGACGGUGUUCAGGCUACCCUAUUGCAUCACAGACAUAAAAUAUGCACUAAAGCCGUAUUGCAUAACAAAUCUAAAUGAUUAGACCACGAAGCCUGUGAAAAUCAUUUACAACACCUUUGAGGGUAGUUGAAUAUAUAAUUAAACAGUACGUUAUAUAAACACUGAUAAGAGAAGGAAUGUAAUUAAUAUAAAUAUAUUUCAAUAUUUGUUUAAACUAUUCCCCAUCUAUAAUUCUUACUACCAUCAUCUCUAAAACUCACAUCUGUAUGUGUGCUUACUUUUAUCUAAAUAAAUUAGUUUCAUAAACAUGAAUGACGAAGAUACACUAUAAUACAUUUCACAAAUACAGCCACGCUAAUCUAGACAUAUUAGCUUUCUCAUCGUUUGUGUUUAAUAUUUAAAAACAAUUCAAUACUAAAUUAUAUUUUUUGUGUACACACAUACACACACAAAAGUGCAUCACCAGUUUCAAAAUGAUACUGCAAGAUGUCUUCUUUUAUUAUUGAAGAGGAUGUUUUAUUUUUUUUUCUGUUUUAAGUGGUCGCACAUUUUCGUCAAUGAUACAUUCCUUAAUUACAUUCUCUUCAAUUGUUUCCAUUAAAAUAUAUUAAAAUGCACCCAGUUAACAUUUGAUGCUUUACAUCAGUACACUAUGCAGUGGACUACUGACAUCUGAUUAAAGCUAUUGUGUUUCAAAAUUUCCUUAAAUAUAGUACGUUAAGUAUCGCCAAAUCGAUGUUUCAUACAUCAAAAACCAAAAAAAAUAAGGAACAAAAAUGGAAAUAAAAAUAAAAUAAUGGUAUCCAGUCAUUCAUUAAGGUUAGGUUUCAAAUGAUCUUGUUUGCUGCUCCUUUCGGGAAUGCUUAUACAACUUUAAGAAUAAAGUUUACCGCAUAUACUUUGGCCAAUGCAAACAAGUGAGAUAUUAAAUGAGAAUAUUACAAAAUAUAAGCUUCAAUGAAUGAUGGCACACGUUUAUAAAUGAUGUGAGAACAAGCAAUAUAGAUGGACAAUACGGUUUUAAAACCAGUUUUAUCUAAGUGAGAAAGAUCAAUAUUACAAUAGAUGUUCUUAUUUGAUAAGAAAUAUCCACCUAAUAAUACAGCGUAUUAGUAUUAACGGAAGCAUAAAUAAGAGAGUGAAAUUAGUUCCCCUAUCAUUAAAAACAUAUAUUCUUGUUCACGUUUUCAAGAAAUCAGGGAAUUAUCAACAUCCAGUGCUUUACUAAGAAUAUUUUCAACGAUUUUUUUUUAAUUUAUCGUCUUGACGUGUUUGUCCGGACAUAAUCAUAUAUUAGAAUUGAAAUGACACUCGACAACAAGUUAGUUGUUAUUUAGGAAGACAGGCAGUAUUAGUGAACCACUUGAAUGUAAAGUUAUUUAUUGUCAUCAAAAUGUUCAGUAUACAUCCAGUAGCAAAUAAAUUCAUCAUUUUAUUUUUCCAAAAUCUAAUGAAAUAUUUUCAUUGAGUAAAUUAAGAUAAGAUAAUAAUAGUUUUCUGUGUUGUUACUACCAAUUAAUAUAAAAAAAAAAACUUUGCAAAAUAGGCACUGUUAAUAUUGCUGUCAUACCAUUAGCCAAACAAUGGAUGCACCCAUAUAGAUACAAAUCAUAUCAAAUGUGGUGUAAUUCACUGAAUAAAAAAAUCUGUAACAACACAGUAUGCAAUGAGCAUUGUACGACCAUGCAACCGACUAAACUGAAAUAUUGAUUGUACAAAGCACGAAAAUGCAACAAUAUUCCAAAAGUUUGAUAUUGACAUGCCAAAUCUGUUUGUUUACUAACUUUAAAACUGCAAAUAUUGUUUGCACUUAUUCACAAAAACAUGGCUGAUGUUGUUCAUAUUUCGAGAUUACUGUUGUGUUAAACAAUGAAAUAAAAGAAUAAGAAUCUGUCUGGUGUGUGUAGGUGUGACAUACAUAUUCGGAUGCUGCUCGCAGUUAUAAUAAUCUGUUAUACUAAUGCAUACAUAU